AUGGACCCACCCGUCCUCUUCCCCGCCUCACCAGGCAUGCCUCUCUUUCCCCUCUCCCCCGAGCGCAUCAACGGCACCCGCCCACCCUACAGCAGCAACAAAGACCUCCCCCCGCUCCCACAAUCGCCCUCUCUACCCAACCUCUCCGACGACGUCUUCGGCGGCAGCCACGACUUCAGCACCUCCCCCUUCCGACUCCUACGUUCGCACACUCGGAAUGGCUCAGACGCGAACGUGCAGGGCAUGGUCGCGCGCUUCAACAGCCUCGAGAUCCGCGAUCACAGGGAGGGCAGCAAGCGCGAUGAGAUUGCGUUCAAGCGCGCGGAGAUGGCGCGGGAUAUGGCGCAGAGCAGUUUGGUGAAGUGUGAGGCGGAGCGGGAUGCGUUGAAGCUGGAGGCUGCGAAUCGGAAGGAGGAGGGGCGGAAACUCAAGAAGGAGCUGGAGGAGAGUAGGGAGAGGGAAAGGAAGGUAGGGAAGCGGUCUGAGGUUGUUAUGGAAGAAUAUCAGCGCGAGAAGGAAUCCUUCGCCCGCGCGCAGGCACUCUACGAGAAAGAGAACAAGCGCUCGAGGAAGGAGGCUUUCAAGUGUUCUUCUGCGUUGGUCAAGAUGCAGGAAGAGCUGAAGGCAACACGAACAUCCCUACGCAUCACACAAUCAGGCUUCGAGACCGAAAAGUCGAAGUCGGCCAAGAGGGAGCAAGAGACUUUUACAGCACAAUAUCAGCUUGUUGCCGUGCAAGAAGAGCUCGCGAAAGCACGCGCACAGAUCAAGAUUGUCGAGGAGGAACGAGAUGCGCUGAAGACCAGCUUGAAGGAAGAGGAAGUUGCAAGGAUCGCAGCUGAAGGCAGGAUCGCCCUUCCGGUGUCGACCAAAGAUGAAGAGGACGAGUUCGACUCACCGAGAAAGUCUCCCAGAAAGCAGCCGAGGGUAGACCCGGAUACGGAUAACAAGGAGAACAUGCUGCCCACGCGAGCAGUCGAGCUCAAGGCAAUGCAGCAGGAGCUGGACUUGGAGAGGCGGAAACGAGAGAGGGCAGAAAUGCAGGUCGACUUCAUGAAAAUGGAGUGCCAGUUCUUGUGCUGCUCCUGCCGGGUCGCGGAACAGCAUGGGGUUCAAUAUACCCACGAUCAAAGCCUUGCGAAAGAGGUAGAGGAAAUCAAGACUGCCUUGUGCCAUAAUCUCACGCCACCUUCAAGUCAUCACGAAGACGAUGAGAUGGUCGAUGCCAUCGACGGCACUACGAAUAAGCCCGAUUCAAUCUCCGUGGCCGACGAGCGGUCUCCAACACCGCCAGCUAGCCCCAAAGAAGAGAUGGAAGAGACGACAGGGGCUGCAACAGAGAUCGCCUUCUCGCCCACCUCAGGCACCUUCCAGCGCAUACCGCCCACGCCCCAAGCCACAGAGCCAGCCGCUCCACCCGCAGCACCACAACCCUUCACCGAGAUCACAUGGAACCAAGCUCCGCCGGCAACCCACGAUGACGAGAAGACCCCCCUCAAGGCCAAGAAACCCCGUCCCCUCUUCGAAACCCUCCCCUCAACCGACAGCAACAAAGAAAACCACAUCCCGACCGCCUCGCCCCCAACCUCCCCACCCACCCUCUGCACCUCUCCAGCCGAUCCAACAACAACCCCUCCACCCUCCCACACUGCCUUCCCACACACACCUCUCUACCGCGAACUCGCCCUCCCACCAACGACGAUCCCGAUCCACUUCAGCCCGGCGCCACCGCGGACGCUGCCAGGGACGCCCUCGACGAUCGCGCAGCAGCCCAGCAGCCGGGAGCUGCCUUUCGACAGGGAAGCGGCGCUCGAGGCGAUCAGGCAGCGCAGAGGCAGGGCGAGGAGUUUGGCUAAUGGGCAGGCGACGCCGAUGAGGGGGUUGGUGGUCGGGGUCAGGGGGGAGAGGAGGGAUUGUAGCGCGCCUGCGUUGAGGGGUGGAUGGGGUGGGAGCUGA